CCCCGCUUUAUAUUCACUCAUUCAUUCCAUUUUUACUCUGCUGACUAAUAAGUUGCGUGAAUUGAAAGAUAAUUAUUAGCAGUGGUGCGUGUUCUAAAAGUAAAUAUUUACCUCCGGAAUUAACCACUCCAUUGAAAAUGAGCAACAGUCACACCCAAAGUAAUGUGUCCUCUUCGGGUGACGUGGAGACGGGGAAAGAUCAAGUGACGACGACGACAAGCAACGAGGACAUUAUCAACAACACGACGAACUUCAAUAAUAAUAAUUCAAACAAUGACUCCUCGUCGAGUAGCAGUUGCAGCAAUUCGGAGGAAGAUAGCUCCAGCAAUGAUCCCACCACAUCGUCCUCGACGACUACACCCACUCCACCACCUUCAUCCUCAUCUAUUCUCCGCCCCUCCAUCCUUCUCCGACCAGCUUCCUUCUCAUCUUCCACCACAGCUCCAAAAAUUACGAUAACUCCAACUUUAGAGCUGCCAAAGCCGAGUAGUGGAGGCAUGUCGUUUUUACGACCGAGUAAACUUUUGGUUAAAGAUAAUCCAACCACACCUCCAAUUCCAUCUUCAUCUUCAUCGUCUUCAGCCACAGGAGGGGAACAGAAACCAACGUUUGUCCCGUUUACCAAGGAUUCUAAUUCUGUCAAUGGGGAGAGCAAAGGGGAAGACGACAAAGAAGGAGGAGGAGCUGCAGGAAGUUCUGGAAGUGGGGGUGGUGGAAAGGGAGAAUUUUUAUUUGGAGAGAAAUUAGAAGAUCGUGUUAGCAGUAGUCAACCAUCGGAUAGAAAAAGGAAAGUUAGUAAUGGAGGGUGUGGUACUGCCGCGAGCAGCAGUGUGGGAUGUGACGGAGAUGAGGCAGAAGAUCAACCGACUGCGAGUAAAAUUCCUGCCUUAGAAGAUGUUGAUGUUAGCACGGGGGAAGAAGGGGAAAUUAACGUUAUCCAGGUCCCUUGUCGACUGUAUAAUUUUGACCCCUCUACAACAAAUUGGACUGAACGAGUAUCACGUGGUGUACUUCGGCUAAAUGACACUGAUACCACCAAUUCUCGCCUAAUCGUCCGCACCCAAGGAUCACUGCGGCUGAUGUUGAACACUAAAGUUUUCAAUGGAAUGGUGGUGGAGAGGCCGAACGAUAAAAGUGUCAAAUUCACAGCAGUCGAUAUUCAAGACGAAGCCAGCAUGGGUGGCGUCAAAGUCUUUCUUGUUAUGGGUUCCUACACGGACAUGGAAUCGUUAUUCAACGCCAUGCAACAUAGACUUCGAAGAUUUAAUCAGCAGUAACAAAAAACUUCAAUUAAUUAUAA